AUGGACACGUCAAAACAUAGAAAUCGCGAUUGGUCCAAGCUUAAUCCCCAUGUUUUGCGAAAGAUCUUCGAGACUUUGAUCCCUAGUGAUUCUCACAAUGCGAAAACCGUUUGCUCACGUUGGUAUUCCGUUUUGAAAACAUGUGCUAAUCGUCCUCCUAGUCCUCCAUGGCGGAUCACACACCAAGGCGAGUCUUCCAAGUCGUUUGAUCCCGAUGAAGACAAGAUUUACACAAGAAAACUCUCCGGUCUCUCCGGAGUUUAUCGUAUGGCUAGCUCCGGGAAUUGGCUCCUCAUGCUUGAUUCUCGUCCCGGGAAUUGGCUCCUCAUGCAUGGUUCUCAUCCCGAAUUCUAUCUUUUCAACAUGUUAACGCUUAAAAAGAUCAACCUUCCGUCAAUGGAGAAAGUGAUAUCUGACGACAAACAUUGGAGAUACUUUGGCAGGCCUUCUCGUAAGGAUCUUGGCAAGCCGAAGGACAUUCUCGGAUGGAAAAAAGUGUCGAAAGAUUAUCUCGAAUGGAAAACCUCAGCUGCUCUAUGGAUAGACGACACAACAGGAGAUUAUGUCGUUGCUUGGAUCUUUAGACAGCAAUACUUGUUCUCACACAAGAAAGGAGAUGACUCAUGGUCAAAUCUUACACUACAAGGCACACAUCCGGUUGGUCUUCUGGAUGUAGCUUGUAAGGAAAGUAAGCUCCAUGUGUUCACAACUGAUAAUCACAUCAAGAUUUUCGAUUUGUCUGGAGAUUUCCCUAAAGAAGAAGAAGGUAUCAAGAACCCUUAUUGGAACCAUCCGUUUGACUUCGUUGAGCAACCGUGGGAAUACAUUUGGAGGAGGAGAAUAGCGAUUCGAAACUCGGGAGAGGUUUUGAUCAUCUUGAGCUUGAAAGAAAAGCAGAAAUUUGAAUAUGAAUAUGAAGAGAGACUUUUGUUUUACGUCUUUAAGAUGAAUCUUGAGAGUGGGAAAUGGGAAAGAGUGUAUUAUAUAGGAGAUGAUCAUGAUGAGAUGUUGGUGUUUGGUCAUGGGGUUACGGUAAGAGCACCGGUUGAAGAUUGUUUUGGUGAUGGGAUCAAGAGUGAUUCAAUCUGUUUCGUCGAUGAUGAUGUUUGGUCAGACCUUCAAGAUCAUGACCGUCGUGCUUCAAACUGCGGUGUCUUCGAUAUUGCCACAAGUAGAAUCGAAUGGCGUAAGCGAUUAUGCGUUUAUAUAAACGAAACUCAGUGGCUUGCGCCAGGAGUUGCUUAUUAA